GUCCUCUCCAAACUCUCACACACACAAGCUCUCUCUCUCUCUCUCUAACACAUGAGAGAACAAGCUCAUCUCACAAUCUCAGCCGUUGAUUAUACCGCCACCUUAGAUGGAGAACACUCAAGGAUCCUCACCUCCUCACAUGGACGCUUCUCGGCCUUCACUAGGCUUCCCUCUAGGCACAGCUCUGCUUCUCAUAAUCAUUUUCAGCCUCUCCGGAAUAUUCUCUUGCUGUUACCAUUGGGACAAACAUCGCUCUCUCCGCCGUUCUUUGGCCAAUGCCUCCCGUCACCCCUCCGCCGAUAUAGAGUCUUCUCCGUUUAAACCUAGACCACCUUUUCCGGAUUUGAAGAAACCCCAGAGCGUAACGGUGCUGAUGCCUGGAGAUAAUACGCCUAAAUUUAUAGCAUUGCCGUGUCCUUGUGCACCACCACGACCGGAGAAGCUCACCGUCGAUGUUCAAAGUCCGCCGAACUCUCCACCUGUUAAGCCGACGCGGUUUCCUCUUUGUUAGAUUUAAUUUAGCAAAAUAUAACAAAAAGAAGGGGAAAAUGUCGAAAUAUCUCGUUUUGAUGUACAUAAGGAUCAUUAAUUUACAUUUUAAUUAUUUUUUUCACCACUUUAUUAGUUUGUAUUCAUUGAUGGAUUGGUUUGAUUGUGCGAAAAAUACUGCUAUUAAACAAGCGAUUAUGGAAUUAGAUGUUAAUUUUUUAAAAUGUGAUAGUUUGAUUGAUUAAACAAAUAUAAACUCGUAUACUUAAAAAUA